AUGGCCAUGACGCCCUCAACCCCCCCGCCCCAGCCUCGCUCUGAGAUCUGGUGGUCCAAUGGCAUUUUCUUUGUCCUUCUCCACGUCGCCGCCGCCAUAGGCGUCUAUUACUAUCCCAUCUAUUCCGUCCCUCGGGCAACCUUAGUUCUGUCUCUCGUCCUCACCCAAGCCGCUAUGAUGGCUAUCACGGUUGGGUAUCACCGCCUGUAUUCCCACAGGGCGUUCCGUGCCGCAUAUAGUGUCAGAGUCCUGCUUGCUUUACUUGGUGCAAGCGCCAUGCAAGGCUCGAUCAAGGUGAGCCACUCCCGCCUCAUUGGGUAUGGUCUCUCUCAAGCCAACUUUUUGGACAGUGGUGUCACAUCGACGUCGAUCAGGAGUGUCCGACAUCGAUUGCAUCAUCGUUUUACGGAUGAUCCAAUACAUGACCCAUAUGCUGCAUCGCGGGGCUUUCUGUGGUCCCACAUGGGCUGGAUCUUCUUCAAAUCGCGCUACGAGCGCAUGGAACUGAUAGACAAGGACGACUUAGAUCGUGAUCCAGUUGUUCAGUUCCAGCAUCAAUACUUUAUUCCACUUGCGGUUGUUCUCGGCUUAGUCGCUCCCCCCUUCAUCGGGUUGCUAUGGGGAGACUUUCACGGGUGUUUUGUGUGGGCUGCUCUGGUCGCGCGUUUACUGAUUUGGCAUUCUACGUUCUUCGUCAAUUCGUUGGCUCACUGGGACGGACUACAGCCUUACACGGAUGAAAAUACGUCCAAGUCUAAUCUCGUGGGUCUCAAUUUCCUCAUAGCACCGAGGAGGACCCCAUUUAACGUUCAACACACUCUAUUCUUUCCGACGGUUGCGGUUCGACUGUCUUACGGUCUUUUACCUCAGCACCAUGCCUUUCCGCAUGACUACCGUUCGGGACCUGAUCCGUUCGAUUGGGACCCAUCCAAGUGGGCUAUCCUCCUUCUUCGCUUAACAGGCCUGGCUUCGGGGCUCAAGCAAGCUCGUCCCAGCGAUAUUAGCGAGGCACAGGAUUACAUGCUUCACAAGGUGUCAGCCGAGGAAUAUGUUGACAGCUCAAAGGGCGAGAAAUCAACCGAUGAUUGGGAGGGGGACAGAUGGACGUUUGCGGAAGUGAAAUCCCAUGUCGAAGCCGCACGGUUAUCUGGGCGGUGCAUACUCAUCAUAGACGGAUAUGUGAUUGAUGCUACAUCGUAUCUGGGAGAACAUCCUGGAGGCAGUAGCCUUCUUCGAGCAUAUUCUACUAAUACGAUCACAGAUCUUGGCGAGGUAGAGAAACGGGCCGCUUGGGCGUUCAACGGUGGUAUGAACAACCACUCACGAGCAGCGAAGAAGCGAUUGCAGGAACUGCGAGUUGCUCAGAUCGCACCAACGCUAUAG